GUCGCAGCCGGGGCCCGGCGCCGCUGGCGGAGGCGAUGCCGAAGCGCUCGUGCCCCUUCGGGGAGGCGGCCCCGCUGCAGCUGAAGACCCGCGUGGGGCUGAGGGAGCUGAGCCGCGGGGUGCGGGGCGAGGAGUACCGCCGGGAGAUCUUCGAGCGCACCCGGCGGCUGCUGUUCAGGGGCGCUCAGGCGUGCAUGGAGGGCGCCUGGCCCGCCGCGCCCCGCGCCGCCAGCCGCUCUCCGGAGCCGGAGUCGGAGUCGGGCGGGGAGAGCGCGGGGCGCCGCCGGAGCGCGCAGCUGCAGAUCGGGCCCGACGGGAAACUGCUGAGGUGCGCGGCCGCCGCGGAGAGGGUUCCACCAGUGGGAGUUUCCAAAGCCUGCUCCUCCUGUGUAAGAGCUGCUGAUGUGAAGGAAGCGUGUGCGCAGUGCGACCGGUUCGUGUGCCAGAGCUGCAGCAGGGUCUGCAGCUGCUGUAAUGCUGUUACCUGCUCCUUGUGCUCCAUCACUGACUACGGUGAUGUUGGUGAGCAAGUUCUCUGCAAUGGCUGUUCAAUAUUUCAAGUCUGAAACCUGAUGAAAUAGCCUUUAUAGCUAAGCUGUCUGUAAAUUUCAUGAAGUCUCCUUCUUACAGCUGGUCAGUUAAUGCUUUUAGCCUGUGAAUUAAUUAUGGAAUUUCUAUGUUUUUUAUCUUUAUAUUGUACUUUUUAAUAUUGUAGUUAAAUAAACUUUUAUAUUUUGAGGA